ACCCCUUUCUUAUAUAGGGGCUUGUCCUAUGCCUCAGAGUCUUUGGUUACUGGCAGGAAGAACAGGAUGGAUCUGGUGCUGAGAAAAUGCCUUCUCCAUGUGGCUGUGAUGGGUGCUCUUCUGGCUGUGGGGGCCACAGAAGGACCCAGAGGCCAGGACUGGCUUGGUGUCUCAAGGCAGCUCAGAACCAAAGCAUGGAACAGGCGGCUAUAUCCACAGUGGACAGAAAGCCAGGGGCCUGACUGCUGGAGAGGUGGCCAGGUAUCCCUGAAGGUCAGCAAUGAUGGGCCUACGCUGCUUGGGGCAAAUGCCUCCUUUUCUAUCGCCCUGCACUUUCCUAAAAGCCAAAAGGUGCUGCCAGAUGGGCAGGUCAUCUGGGCCAACAACACCAUCAUCAAUGGGAGCCAGGUGUGGGGAGGACAGCCAGUGUAUCCCCAAGAACCUGAUGAUAUGUGCAUCUUCCCCGAUGGGGGGGCCUGCCCACCUGUCUCAUCACCUCCGAGAAGAAGUUUUGUUUAUGUCUGGAAGACCUGGGGCCAAUACUGGCAAGUUCUGGGGGGCCCAGUGUCCGGACUGAGCAUUGGGACAGGCAAGGCAGUGCUGGGCACACACACCAUGGAAGUGACUGUCUACCACCGCCGGGGGUCCCAGAGCUACGUGCCCCUCGCUUACUCCCGCUCAGCCUUCACUAUUACUGACCAGGUGCCCUUCUCCGUAAGCGUGUCUCAACUGCAGGCCUUGGAUGGAGGGAACAAGCACUUCCUGAGAAAGCAACCUCUGACCUUUGCCCUCCGGCUCCACGACCCCAGUGGUUAUUUGGCUGAGGCUGACCUCUCCUACACCUGGGACUUUGGAGACAGUACUGGGACCCUGAUCUCUCGGGCGCUUGUGGUCACUCAUACUUACCUAGAGUCUGGCCCAGUCACUGCACAGGUGGUGCUGCAGGCUGCCAUUCCUCUCAGCUCCUGUGGCUCCUCCCCAGUUCCAGGCACCACUGAUGGGCAUGUGCCAACUGCAGAGGCCCCUGGCACCACAGCUGGCCAAGUACCUACUGCAGAAGUCACAGGCACUACACCUGGUCAGGUGCCGACUGCAGAGGGCAGAGCUACCACACCUGAGCAGGUGCCAACCUCAGAAGUCAUAAGUACCAUACCUGCAGAGAGGCCAACUGCAGAGGCCACAGGUACGACACCUGAAGUGUCAACCGCAGAGCCCUCUGGAACCACAGUUGCACAGGUAACAACUACAGAGCUGGUGGAGACCACAGCUGGAGAGGUACCCACCCCUGAGCCUGAUGGUCCAGAUGCCAGCCCAUUCAUGCCUACAGAAGGUAUUACAGGUUCCCAGAGCCCCCUGCAGGAUGACACAGCCACCUUGAACCUGGUGAAGCGACAAGUCCCCCUGGAUUGUGUUCUGUAUCGAUAUGGCUCCUUUUCCCUCAUCCUGGACAUUGUCCAGGGUAUUGAGAAUGCUGAGAUCCUGCAGGCUGUGCCAUCCAGUGAAGGGGAUGCAUUUGAGCUGACUGUGUCUUGCCAAGGCGGGCUACCCAAGGAAGCCUGCAUGGACAUCUCAUCGCCAGGGUGCCAGCCCCCAGCCCAGCGGCUGUGUCAGCCGGUGCCACCCAGCCCAGCCUGCCAGCUGGUUCUGCACCAGGUACUGAAGGGCGGCUCGGGGACCUACUGCCUCAAUGUGUCUUUGGCUGAUGCCAAUAGCCUGGCAAUGGUCAGCACCCAGCUUGUUAUGCCUGGUCAAGAGGCCGGCCUCGGGCAGGCUGCCCUGUUCGUGGGCGUCUUGCUGGUGUUGAUGGCUCUGCUGCUCGCAUCUCUGAUAUACAGGCGAAGACUUAUGAAGCAGGGCUCAGCUCCUCCCCUUCCCCAGCUGCCACACGAUAGAACCCACUGGCGACGUCUGCCCUGGGUUUUCCGCUCUUGCCCCACUGGUGAGAGCAGCCCCCUCCUCCGUGGGCAGCAGGUCUGAGUACUGUCAUGUGAUGUCAUGAUUUACCCAGGGUAGACAGCAACGCCUGUCUUUUCUCCAGUCUUCCCUUGAAGACUACCAUUGCCUGAAAUAAAGACUCAGAACCU